CUAUUUGCGAUACGUCACCCUGAGACAGUUACCCAGAUCAGCGAGUACCGAGAUCAGCGGUUUCAGGGUACGCUGAAAGAACAAGAUUUGGCACUACGCACGUCGACUACAGUUUAUGUGGGAAAUUUGUCGUUUUACACUAGCGAAGAUCAGUUAUUAUACACGGGCAGAUACCGAAAAUGCCGUACGUUCCUAAAUCGUACAAUGUUGGAUGGAAGGAUUAUUAGAGUUGACUAUGACGCCGGUUUUGUAGAAGGACGCCAGUAUGGAAGAGGAAAGCACGGCGGACAGGUCCGCGAUGAAUAUCGUGAGCAGUAUGAUCCUGAUAGGGGCGGUUAUGGUAAAAUCUGGCAGGAUAGAGAGCGUCUGUAA